CGGAGACGGAAUGGGCGUCCACAGGCCUGCGAGCCGUGCCGCCGGCGCAAAGUCGCGUGUGACCACCGGCUUCCCAUUUGCUCGCGCUGCAUCCGCAAAAGUACUCCCCAAAGCUGCCGAUACCUCAUCCAGGGGCAGCUCGUAACACCGGCUUUGCCCUCAGGUGUCACUAGAAGCCAAUCGGCUGAGCUGCUUAAUGAACGGCAACCCAGAGAACCAACAGGGCCAAACCCGACUACAUUAAGCCCGUCAACGUUGGAAGAUCUCUCCCCUCCGGAUGAAAAUGUUGGCUAUCUCGGGGCAACCAGCUUCCCAGAAUUCUUUCGCGAGACUCAGAAGCACCUUGACUACGUAGUUGGCCCUGAGCCGGUGCGUGAUGGUCUAGCGGGUAAGACUGAAAACAACAUGACUUUGGCCAAGAUGGGGCCAGACGCAGCGGCAUUCGAGGCUGCCUUUGCGUUGCUCCGGCUGAUUCCAACUAAAGAGGCAGCACAAUUUCUUCUCAGGCGGAAUGUGAACCCCAAUGAUGCCUGGUGCCGCCUUGCUUUGGAUCGUCUGCACGCCACUCUGUGGUCGGCAUUGGGCCACUUCCUCGAGGGUGAGAGGAGUAACGAAGCAAUGUCACAGCUGGCAAUGCUACUUUUCCAGAACAGUUCCAAACCCCUCAAGGAAGACUUUUCAGAUCCAGACCAGUGGUUUGAGGCCUUCUCCGGUGCUAAUUUUCGGUGGGAAGGUCUGGGCAUCUUGUUCACGUUUUGGAUGUUUGGGUCUGCCUCCCUCACAGAGAACGGCACCGUUGAGCAACGCAAGUGGCUCGGACACUACAAUCGUAAAAAUCUUAUGCAAAAGUACAAGGAUGGUGCGGAAUUUUGGCGUCAUCAUGCUGAAGCCGUCGCUUUGGCCACCUUUCUUGGCCUCCACACGGCUCAGCCGAACAACUCAGUUCCAGAGGAGUGUGUAUCUGUCCAGGUCAAACGGAGACUCUUCUGUUCCGUUUUUAAUAUUGACAUGGUGGUUUCUACUUUGACAGGCCGGCCUCCAUUAGUCAGUAGCAAGCUUUGCUCGACGCCGUUGCCUCUUGACGUGAGUGAUGAAUCAUUGCUUAAUCUCAAAGUUCGGCCGCACCGGCUGGACAAGGACGGAUGGAAUAUGGAAGGGAAGAACCAUCCGGUGACGUUCCUACGAGCUGCCUAUAUAAUCGCGGGGAUAAGAAGUGAAAUUCUCGAGAUUGUGCUCCAGGCGCCUCAUGUCACCACCCAGCAUAACUUUGAAAACUUCUCUACUAACACCAAAAGUGCUAUGCGGAAACGAGAAUUGGCUAUUUUCUCUCUAUUUCCACCCGGAUUGCAAUUCAAGAACGAGGAUUUCACUAAUCCCUCCGUCGAUGCUCCCACCCUUUACAUCAGGCUGUUGACACGACUUGAGCAUCUAAGCAACCUUUUCUUCAUUGAGCGACUCUCAUAUAGAGGAAGCAUCUUAUACACCCCCCAAAUGCUUGAAAUCAGUCUGGAAAUGAUAACACUUACCCUCUCCUUCUGGACGCAGCAAAAUCGUCUCGAAGGCCUCCAGGGCGACUACGAGUGGCUUGUCAUGCUACACGCCGCGCCUGCAGCCGGUAUUUUGUGCAUGGAGCUUUUGAAACAGCCUUCCAGCACUGAGCCACCAACAAUGACUACAAUCACAAAGCCCAUGAUCAUAAAGCAACUCAGUUUGCUCAUUGGUUUCCUUGAAUGGAUCGGACCGGGAGCACCGGGUGCUCAUCUGUGCAAUAGCAUCAAGACUGUAGUUGAACGGGUGAUGGAGCAAGCUCUGAAUCCC